UGGUGUAUUCCAAGAUCUGCAACAACACACACACAACAACAAAACCAGGAAAUUAUAAUUUUCUCACACACCAACGCAUACAUUCACUCUCUCUUCAUCUUUCUCUCUCCUCCCCCCACCCACCUUUUCCCUUCCUUCUUCGCCUCCCCAUUGGCGGAUACCUUCUUUCUCCCAUCUGUCUUUUUUCUACUCAUUUCUCUUAAAAGUGAGUGAGAGAAAAUAGCUUUAAAGUAGCGUUUCUGCUGCUUGGUUUUUGUUUUUGUGGGUAUUCUUGCAUUUUUCUGGGAAGAUAUACGAAACCCCAAAUUAGGGCUCCUCCUAUUUUACCCCCUUUCGAUGUUUCUUGCAUUUCUAGAGGUGUAGCCUUCACGCAAUGUGACAUUUGAUAGUACAAUUCAUCUGUGGUCGGAUUUCUUGUGAAUUUUGAGAGUGAAGUGAAUCCAAUUGAGAUGGCAGCAGAGUCUAAUACAAGCUUUCAUCAAGAAGAUACACUGGGUGCUGGUUUGCAUCGGCAUGCUAUAUCGUUUCAGUCAGGGGCUGUAAAUAGCACGUCAGAGAUGAUCCCCAUUGGAAACUAUUAUGGGAUGAAUGGUAAUAGUGGAAAUCUUAUGUUUUGUGACAAUUCUAGCAUCAUUAGUACCAGCAGUCCCACCACAACUACUGUUGGCAGUUCAUCCGGUACUCUUCUUUUGGAUUCCGUGCCUGGGUUAAAGCACGAUGCUGGUCUAGCUGUUGAGUGGACUGAGGAAGAACAAUACAAAUUGGAAGAAAGCCUUGUCAAGUAUAAGGAUGAGCCUAGUAUCUUGAAGUACAUCAAGAUUGCUGCUCUUUUGCGAGACAAAACUGUACGUGAUGUUGCGCUCAGAUGUCGGUGGAUGGCGAGAAAGCGGAGAAAACAAGAGGAAUCACACUUGGGAAGGAAAGGGAAUUACAGAAAGGACAAAUACGUGGAAUCAUCUGCAAAGACUAACUUGGCGUCGGCUUCAGUAUCUAACGUGAACAUGACUCCAUAUUCUCCUCAGCCGAACCAGAUGGAUCAGAAUCAGCGUGUAAAAUGCCAAGUUUUGACCGGCAAAGCUAAGCAUCUAUUGGAGCAGAAUAUUCAAGCCUUAAAUCAGAUUAACAGUAACAUGUCAUUGCUGAAGUUGCAGGAUAACAUUGAUCUCUUUUGUCGUACAAGAGACAACAUUAAUAAUGUCAAUGCCAUCCUGAAUGACAUGAGACAGCUUUCUGGAAAACUUGGCCAAAUGCAAGAGCUUCCAAUAUCUAUUGAUCAGAAUCUUGCUAAUAGUAUCUUGCCACGUACAACUUCGGUAGCUUCUCAUGCCUUGACUGAUUCUCAUUUCGACAAUGAUAUUUGGCGUGCAUAAUGGAUUGCAGCCCAAGCUGGAGUCACGAUGUUGAUAGAGGAGAUUCGGAGGAGUGUCUCAACUGCAAGUUCAGAAUGUUAUGCUGUAAAUUUAGUUAGGACAUCUUUUAUGUUGUGUACGAUUCAGUUGCAUAUAUUGGGUCUGUGUGUAGAAGAACACAAUUUUGGAACCUGCCAUUUAACAUCAAGAGAAAAUGGAGUUUGGGCAACGCAUCGCAUAAAUAGAAGAAGAGAAUGUGCAUCUGACCAUCUAUUCUGUCUCUUGAUUUGGAGCUAAACUGUGUAUAGUGUAAUGUCAUUGAAAAGUAUCAAGUAAAAAAAAAAACAAUAUUCUAGGGUUUCCAAUUACAAUUAUAACCCUGUGUUUACCCCAAUAGGCCAGUGUGAUGCUAGUUGCUAGGUCUCAAAGAAGGAUGAAUCUGUAGCUUUUGCCCUCAGCAGUUCCAUUUUUAUUUUAGUUUAUUGUGUAUUAUGGUGGAUUAGUAGGAGAACUAAUUGCUUGCUGGCCAAAAACAAGGCAUUGUUGUACUGUUGUAGAAGCUGUACUGAUCUUUUUUUUUUGCUACAUUGUAAUCUAAUUUUCCCACUGAAUUGGCUGAAA